CGCCCAAUCUCUCCCUCUCUCUGUGUGACUCUGACUACUGCAAUGUCAAACGGCAGCAACAGCCGGAGGAGGCUCAUCCUCAACACCGUCGCCGUCGACGUCGGCUGCAGCUGCCGGAAGCCCAGGCUCUUCCUCCACUCCCUCCUCAAGCCCAUCUCCAAGCCCAAACCCUCCUCCACCUCCACCACCUCCUCCUCCUCCUCCUCCUCCAACGCCUCCAACCACCACAGGCGCUUCCUCUCCCACUCCCACUCCUCCUCCGCCACCACCGACCACUCAACGGCCAACGCCGCCGCCGCUGCCGCCGACCACUCUCUGCAGUACCUGCUGGACGCGGAGGCGGACGUGGCGAGGUCGGCGAAGGCGGUGAGGGGGUUCGGGAGGAUCGACGACGAGGGGGUGGCGGUCGAGAAGGAGUCGCACGACCCGUACCUGGACUUCCGGCACUCCAUGCUGCAGAUGAUCCUGGAGAACCAAAUCUACACCAAGGACGACCUCCGGGAGCUCCUCAACUGCUUCCUCCAGCUCAACUCCCCCUACUACCACGGCGUCAUCGUCCGCGCCUUCACCGAGAUCUGGAACGGCUUCUCCUGCGCCCGCCCCGCCGCCGGCCACCACUCCCCCCUCCUGCACUUCGCUUACUAGCACCGGGAGUUCCGGGAGGAGGGCUGAGGAAUCUGUUAACGGCCCGCGCGACGUCGGUACGUCAAGACAGGUUUACCAAGCAAAAACGCGAUGAGAUAACUAGUCUCUCUGUGUAGUUGUGUUAACUGUUAACAAUGUUUACUUUGACCUCUAAGUUAGGGUGUUGUGUAUGCGUAAGGUAGAAACUAGUUUCUUUCUUUCUGGUGUAACUUUUCUCCUUUUCUUCUUUUCUGGGUUUUGAGGUUAUCGUGUUUGGCAUGCAAAUGUGAUUAUUACAGCGCCGAAAAUGGCGAGCUGCGUUGUUUCGGGAGGCCGGCCAUUAAAGCCGACCAGUGUUUUUCCUUCUCUGCUUUUUGUUGGAAAGGAAAGGAAAUGAAACGAGAUGGUAGAUGUUUAUCCCC